AUGGUCAAAGUAUUGAUUCUCGGAGCUGGUUACGGCACGCGUCUGCAAAGAGAUUUGAGGGCCUCAUUAGAAUACAAUCACUUGCUGGGCGUGCCCAAAGCACUUUUGCCACUGGGCGACAAAGAUGCACUGAUUACACACUGGAUAGAGCUGUUUGAAUCGCACCAUAUAUCAGCACAAGAGGACAUCUAUGUUGUAACCAAUGGACAAUGUUGCGAUGCCUUCAAGCAAUGGGCUUCCUUGCAUGCGAUUCCACCAGAGCAUAUUGUCAGCGAUGGCACAACUACCAAUGAAACCCGUCUCGGUGCUGUUCCUGACAUCAUGUUUGGUAUUAAAGCAUUUGACUUGAUGCAACAGGAUGUGCUGGUUGUAGGUGGAGAUACCUUGUUUUUGCAUGAUUUUGAUUUGGCUCAGUUCCUCAAGACAUUCAGUGAGCUUCCAUCCAGUUGCUUAGUGACAACCUAUCAAGUGACCGAUCAAGAUGUACAUAAAUUUGGCAUCGUCGAGACAGAUCAACAGGGCGCCAUCACAAGUUUUCUCGAGAAACCUGAACCUACUGCAACUAAUGCUCGAUCUGCCUGCCCUUGCUUUUACCUAUUUCGCAAAGAGUCGCUGCCAAUCAUUGACGAGUUUAUCACAGCAUGCAGAGAAUCUAAUGCUCCCAAGGAAGCGUAUGAUGCCACUGGCAAGUGCCUCGCCUAUCUCUACCCUCGCUACACCAUCUCCACAUAUCCCAUCUCUGGCCGUAUUGAUGUAGGUGGGUUGGAUUCUUACAUUGAUGCUAAUAGAUACUUUGAGAAAUAA